CCUCAAAGGGCCAUCACGUCUCAGAGAUCAUCCUCAGUGUGGAUAAGAUCGUGUAGAGCCUAGUCGAGAGAAGACGUCGCUCUGGUCGCACUCCGCCGCAAAGGCCGUCUGCUUGAUCAAUUUCUUUGGAGCAUCUAAUAUCUGACUUAACGAUGGAGCAGAGCUUUAUGCCACGCUCUCUUUGGACUAACGACAGCAAAUUUCUCCACCAUCAUGUCCCUGAUUUCUUUACCAGUGUCCAAGUUACACAGGAUAUAGCGGCUGGAACAUCUUUCGGACCCUGUGUUCUUCACAAUACGUUUUAUGACACAAUUGCUUUCAUUGCCUUGAAAUCGUUUGACAAAAAAGAGAAAUCCUAUGUAUUUCGGGUAGAUCCUGAGGCUAUGAAGAGCUCGCCUUUGGUAGUUCCCUGGUUAAGAUUAGUACAGCCUGCAAUGAACACAGAGGAGCAAAACACAGAAGCCUAUCUGAAGAGUGGCCAACUGUUUUUUCGGACUAUUCGAGAUGUGAGGCAAGGAGAAGAACUGCUUGUUUGGUAUGAUGAAGAGCUGUCUCGUCUUCUUGGAUUCAGUGACGUCAAAACAGGGGCCCUUUCAGAAGACUUCUUGUGUGGCAGAUGCGGUCAAGUUUUCAAGAACGAAAAUCCAUUUCUUGCUCACUGUCGCUUUUUGUGUGCGCAAGUAAAAGCCGACAUAAUACGAACAGAUAACGAACAGAAGCAAACUGAAGUGAAGCGACAGCGCAAAGUCACCGAUUUUCACAACAUUGCAAGAGACCUGGAACAUAAAAAAUCUUGCUCUGCUGAGGACAAUUUGUCGACACGAAAAAGGAAACCCGAAGAAACUUUAAGUCCACGGAACAGAAAAACUGUUCUACUGGAGAAAACUAAUAUCACUAAUUACACAAACAUAACGGAUAUCAACAAAGGAUACCCAUAUGGCCAUGACUUUAUGGAACCUACCAUGAAAUUAACCGAGGGCGGUUUAUCAAUUUACGAAAAGAGCGGCAAAAGCAGUUCCAAUACUGGAAAACCAACAGAACACAGAUAUGAACAGACCCAUCUCCUCAAAGGUGCAGUAAGGCAAAAUCUUUCUGGGUCAAGCUACCAGCCAGACGGGAAAGCGCAUAUGGGUCUUCAGUCCGAUUCCAGUGCAUUUUCAUUCAUUCUACCGGGGAGUACCCACGAGGAACAAAAGAGUGCAUUUUGUAAACCCAGCAAGCGUUUCAUCGUCGAAGGACCACAGCGUCCAGCCCCUCCAAUAUGUAGCCCACAAAAACUCCCGGAUAUUUCAGAUACGUACAACUCAAAGAUUGUUGUUGGAUAUAGAAAUAUGUUGGCCUCUCACCUGUUUCAGUGUGAUCCGCAAACGAUGGUGUCCGCUCCAAUGACAACAAAAGGCUCAUUUAAUUUCACACCGGAGCACUGGACCACGAACAUAAACGGCCAGUUACAAGACAACCCUUCCUUGACCCUUCUUCCUCCUACUUUCAGCUCACUGGGUGUUUCAGUGCAGAACUGGUGUGCUAAAUGCAAUCUUUCAUUUCGAAUGACCUCUGACUUGGUGUUUCACAUGCGGUCACAUCAUAAAAAGGAAUUCUCCGCAGAGUCUCAGGUGCGGAGGAGAAGAGAAGAGAAACUCACCUGUCCAAUCUGUAAUGAGUACUUUCGUGAGCGACACCAUCUCUCACGUCACAUGACUUCUCACAACUGAAAAAUGAACUCACAAAGACCUUUUUGGUACUUCACUAUAAGGUUUAGUUCGUCCCUCUAGACGGUGAUAUCGUAGAAGCAUAAAUAUAAGUUUUAGUCUUAGCUGUUGUUGAAUGGGGAUGCCCGGUAAGCUUAUUUGUUGGCUCUAUAGGAUAGACUACAGUAAAAUCUUCAUAUACGAAACGUGAAACUAUGAAUACAAAUACAAAAAUACAAAUUGAAUGGAAUAUAGGUAUUCAUUUUAUAAGAUAAAUGAUAGAUUAGGCUACGUCAUGUUUUUGCUUUGAUUAAGCAAAGGAUUUAAUAUAAGCUUGAUCGGCAUGACCCAUCACUGGAAAUGAAAAUAAUAAUUUCAAAAUUUGAUGGAGUACUAUUCUCCCUAUCGUCAAAAGUCUGCAUGUGCGGAGAGCUGUUUCAAAUGUGUCCUCAGAGUCGGAGUCACAAUUUGCAUUGAUUCUAAGUGACACUGAUAAUGCACGAUAAUUCAAAGUAUCUCCACAAGAUGGCCACAGAGAUCCAUAACGGCAUCUCCAUAUAACGGUAUACUACAUCUAGUUAAAUCGUGCCUUAUAAAUCUCAGGAACGGUAGAUAUGUAGAUAUUUAAAAUAGGUGAUAUUUGAUAUUGUGUCCUAAGCACUGAAGUUAAUUUACUUCUCUAACAGCCCGACUAAACCAUUAGCUAUAGUAUUUAUUUCAGACAAAAGCAUUAUCCCCUUAAAUGAGUAGGCUACUGUAUCUAACAAAUAUUAGUUUAUGCACUAUGGUGAUAGUAAUCAUCUCUGACAAAUCUAUAAGGACUUGCUAAAUUUUCAUCAUUGCAUCAUUACAACAACAAAAGACAAAUAAUAUGUAUUCAUUUACAAAGGCUUUCUUUCAAGUUUUCUUUUUUGGAGGAGGGGGUAUUAUGAAGUUAUGGUAUUUGCUGUGACACAUCGUAUCAUUAACAGGCCUUCACUCUCUGAUUGUGUCAUUCUGAUCUCUUAAAAAGGAUGGACUUCUUAAUGGAAUGAAAUAAACACAUUAUGGAAAUUGCCUACACAUCAAGUAGUUAUAUUUGUUUAUUUUAUCUAGUACAAAUGCAACAAAAUAUAUUGCCUCAAUCAAAUAGGACAAAGUGUAGGUCUUUGUUAUGAUUUUUUAUUUCCCUAUAGAGUUAUUGAAACAACAUGGUUUAUAACACCCAUUUCCUCUAAAUUCACAUAAUUACAUUCUGAAGCAAUAUCCGCACUAGUGCUUUUCAUGAAUAGUUUCAUGAAAGAUUUUGAAGAAUUUUUUGGAAACUGCCUUCAAGGAUAACAAGGGCAAAUUUUAUAUGUUCAUCAAUUGCAUGGUUGGUUUUCUGGUGGCUGAUUCUGGUUCCCCCUAGGUCAUGCUUGUCUGAGUUCUGACUGAAGCACUGAUACCUAUCUACACAGGUUUCAGUACAAGAUCUGGAACGAUGGGUUUGCAGGAAUCAAGUUAGUAACCACUGUAGCUAUUUGGCCAAAUGACAGGAAGCCAACCUUAAAUACAGGCUAAUAUUAGUCUGCUGGUAUUAGCUGUCUAUUGGGAAGGGUUGAUGGUGUUUUAAGAGAACAUCUAUAGUGGUUAGGUUUGCCACAUUUCUUUUACUUUUUCCCUUUUUUUUUUGUUUUGUUUUGUAAACUCAAUAUUAGUGUAAGCAAAAUACAUUGCCAAAUCAUCAUAAGAUGAUACAAUACACAACAUUUUAAGUAAAUGAAGAAAGUGAUUUGAAGGAAGGAAAUUAUUUCUUGUUCUAUAAUAAUAAACCAGUAAAGCAUAAUUCAGAAAUGUAUUCCUCCUAAUGUUGGACAGGAUGCAUUUUGCUCUUCAUGCUGUUAUGAAAGUCCAGGAUAAAAAUGCAUGUGUGUGUGUAAAUUAUUAGGAAAUAAAAAUGGGCUAAUAAUUUUC